GUCAGCAGCACCGGGGAGCAACCUUCCGUCUCCCCGGAGCCCUGUUCCAGCAGAACUCCUCAGCUGUUAGCCUCUGUCAGGUUGCGCUCCAGCCGCGUUCCCGUCUUCUCCAUCACCUCAUGCCAGAGUGAUGGCAGUGCUCUGCCUUCUCCUCCUUCAGCUGCUCAGCUACUGCCUCCAAGUUUUGGGGGCAUCUUCUGCACCGCCACCACCCCUGCUGGUCACCUGCUGGGGCCCUCACAGACAAGCCUCUCAAUGGCAGGACCAGGAGCAGUGGGCCUCAUGCCAGUGGAACAACACAACAGACCUGUGUUACCAGCCCACCCCAGGAGCAAGACCAGAGGCAGAGAGGGAAAAGGGGCAGCUACCACCUCCACCUGGCUGCUUCUGGUACCUGAAAUCAACUUGGACAAAGAACACCUGGAGCUGGUCAGGCCAGGUCAUGCUGCACACAAGCCUCCUGCCAGGCAGUGCUCCUCCACCUGUGGCCUCCAGCCUCCUUACAGUGAAACGCUCACCUGCUUCAUGUGUGAACUUUGAAGUCCAUGUUUUCAGCAGCAGCGAUCCUCCUUUUCUGCAGAACUUUACUUAUUUCGUGCAGUUUAUCCCUGCACAAGAUCCGACGCUACAGUGUGAGUGGACCUUCCAUCUGCAGCUUUUUGGAGCACCAACAGACCUCCUUCUCUGGAACAGCACAUACACAUACAACAAUCGAGUAAGAAACACUAUGCGUUUUGUCCGUCGCUCUGCCGCGCUCUUUGAUCCAAAGCAAUACACCGGGUUUAUGGCAAAAGUGAAAUGUCCCAGAAGCACCCUUACACAGGACCUUUUGAGAGUCAGAGUCAACAACAACGCUGCAAAAACCACAGAAGCACCACCAGCUUGCCAGCAAGAAGCCUGCCGGAUACAGGCCCUGUAUAUUCAGAAACCUUCUCCUGAAACCACUACCCUGCGCCAGAAAAGGGGGAUAUCUUUUAGCCUCUUUGCCAGGCUGCUGCUACAGUGCAACGUUGGUGCUGCUGUCAAGCCCCUGUGGCGAGUCUAUCGUGUUCACAACACAACAACCACGCCCGACUGGUCAAAACCAAUCGACUCUUCUUCGAUGUAUGGUGUUCACUUGGUACUCAUAACUGUUCCCAGUUACACUUUAGAUUAUGGCUUGUACCUCUUUUAUUUCACUGUCGAGGUAAGCCCGAUUAUGACGUCGACAGUCCUCAAGGGCUCAGAUAAAAUUUACGUUCUGGUUGAGGACACCGACCUAGUGGCAAAUAUUGCAGGGGGGACACUCCGCACAGUGGGCUUUUCUGAGAAGUGGACUCUUGAUGGCUCUGCAUCUUACGAUCCUGAUUCUCAGGAAGGACUAAAGGGAAUCACGUUUACUUGGUACUGCACUAAAGAGGUGUUGGACUAUCAAACCAUGGCACUCAGCCCAGGAAACAAAUGUCAUCCGGAGCAGAAGGAUUUGAAAUGGAUAACACCCUCAGGUCCAGUUCAGACAAUGCCUCAAGAAUUCCUCCCAGGAAAUGCCAUGUAUUACUUUCGUCUAGUGAUUGAAAAAGGCAGAAGGAGGAGUUACGCUGACCAAAGUGUAAAUGUGAAGCCUGGCUCUCCACUCCUCCUGGAUGUGACAUGCAUUGAAAACUGUGGUAGAACUCUAAUUCCAACAGAGAGAUUUAUCUUGUCUGGAAAAUGCCUGAACUGUAGGUCGCACAACCAGCCAGUCUACUACUGGUCCCUCUUUUCUGAUAAAUCUAGAGAAGUCAGCUUUGACUGGUCCUCCAGAACCACGACGGGGAGGUAUGGGGCUUACCUUUCUAUACAUGCUCUGACUUUCACCAAGGCUGUACAGCGAUCCUACCUACUCCUGUUAAAUGUAACUACUUGGGAUGGUAGGUCCUCUAUGUACAGACGUGCAUUUAGGAUCAAUUCUCCUCCAAGGGCUGGCAAGUGUACCAUCAACCCACGCUGGGGUACAGCCUUGCAGACAAAGUUUGUUGUUGAAUGCAGUGGAUUUUCUGACCGACAUUUACCUCUGACAUAUAAAGUGAUAGUAGCUUCUGAUGUACCCAGAACUACCAAAAUAACUUCUGUGGAGGAAAACACAUUUGGCACAAUUCUGUACUUUGGUUAUCUGCCUAAAACUCCUCCAUCCUUUCUCCCAGUUGGAGUGAUCUCUCAGAACUACAAUGUGACUCUCUACGUUCAAGUCCGUGAUUCCCUCGGGGCAUUUACUCAAGUGAAUUUACACGUUCGCGUGCAGAACCCUAUUGGCAGUCGACCACUAGCUGAUGCCUUUCGAGAACUGAUGGCUUCAGUGAGCAGUUUAAACGAGCAGAUGACAUCCUAUCUUCAGACUGGCGACUAUUUUAGUGCAGGUUAUUUGACUUACCUGUCAGCCUCACUCUUAAACUACAUUAAAGACGCACCAAAUCUCCAUCUCCCUAAGGCUCAGUUUAGAGAAAACCUGAUUAAAACAGCCCUGAACAUUUCAGUUGACAGCACAAUGGAAGUCAACCAAGUAGUUGCUUCUAUUUGUCAGGCCACAGAGGAAGUUGAUGAAGUGACACGCAGAUCACAAGACUUUGCCAUUAGGAAACUGGCAGAAGCAACAGAAGUGCUGAGGAUAAGGAGGCAUGAGAGCCAUUGGUCCGAGGAAGCAGAAAUUCAGAGCAGUGGAAUACUGAGUUGCUUGUCCAAUGUCCUGAGAGCUGCUCUCCUGCAACACAGGAGUGUCAACGUAAAUGGAGUUAAACAAGUUGUGUCCAUCACAGAAAAUUUAACAGAGAUAGUUUUCCAUGGCAAAGUCCCUGGAGAAAUAGACACUUUCAUGGAAACAAAAAAGUGGAAUAUCAUUCUGAAAAAAGAUGAAGCCUGGAAUAUUACAAGUGCUUACUCUGCCAGAGACCACUGCAGGAAUUGCUUUUACCCGUUACUAAAAAAGGGCAAUUAUUCAGGGUUGUCCCCUGAUGCUGUGAUUUCCACUGCCCUUUUUGAGUUUGAAGACAACCCUUUCCCUUGGUUAAGUUACACGUCGGAAAUCACAACAAUGGUCAUGGGAUUUAAAAUGGCAGAGACCAAGGCUAACGGACAUCUGAUAGGGAUCAUGCCUGAAAAAGCAGAAAUCCUUAUUGCUAGAAAAGGUAAGCAAUCUUCAACUUUUCAGUUAGCAAUAGGACCUGGCAAAACGCAAGCUCACACAACUGGAGGAUUUAGUUUGGAAGUCAACAGAAAUACCACAACCAUAUACCUCCAGAUCAUGACCAAUUUACAAGUUACUUUCAAGGUGCUAGUAUUUACAGGUACUAACGUCACUCAUGCUCAGCCCAUAGCCUUGUUUGAAGCUUUUCAUGACAAGCCAACAGUGGCAAACAAAACUGACACAGCUAGCACUGGCUGUCACAUUAAGGCUCCCUAUACUAUCUGCCUCCCAGAGUCACUGCUGAGAGCCACAGCUCAAGGAAGCAGCAGAGAGGCUCACAAUAUCUCCAUUGUCCUGCAGACACCUUAUGUGGUGAGCUCUAAAACCAAGAGCCUGGUGAGCAUUCACAUCUUUGGCGAUCAGUGCUUAUUUCUGGAUAAUGUUCAAAGUCUGUGGAGGCAAGACACGUGCAGGCUUGGCCCCUUGACUAACUGGCAGAGGGUGCAUUGUAUCUGCAAUCUGAAGCACAGGCACAGAAGUGGGGUGGCCCGCUCUGUGUUAAAUAUAUCCACAUCUAGUAUCAAAUUCCUGGCAGCCAAAGUAAUAGUUGCCCCCAACAUGAUAGAUCUGGGGAAAGCUCUGAUAGCAGACAUACAUAAUAACCCAGUGACCCUCUUAACAGUUCUUUUCAUUUUUGCCAUCUACUCUCUUUUGGCCAUCUGGGCCAUAAGAAAAGACAGGGCUGACAGGGCCAACAAAGGCAAGGUUAUAGUCCUGCCAGACAACGACCCUUUUGACAAAGUCAGGUAUUUGGUCACUUUAUACACGGGCAGUCGCUGCGGAGCUGGAACCACAGCAGAUGUCUUUCUUCAGCUCUUUGGCCUGAAAGGCAAGAGCGCCGUUCAUUGUUUACAGCACCCAUAUUUUCCAUCUCUCCGACAAGGAGGCAUUGAUUGCUUUCUGUUAACUACUAAGGAAGAUUUGGGAGACAUUCACAUGCUCAAGACCUGGCACAACAACAAGGGCUCAUCUCCAGGCUGGUUCUUAAGCAGAGCUGAAGUUGAGAAUACAUCCACCAGGAAGACCUGGUUCUUCGUGUGCCGGAAAUGGUUUUCCCUUGACAAGGGUGAUCAGUUACUAGAAAGAUCAUUUUCUGUCACAAAUCCCAAGGCACCUCUGCACAGAACUGACUAUUUUUUAAUUAAUCUUGUCAGAAGCCUGACAGAGGGCCAUCUGUGGCUCUCAGUUUUCGCUCGUGUUCCCACUGGCACUUUCAGCAGACUCCAAAGGUUGUCUUCCUGUUUAGCCAUACUAGUAUUAAACUUGUUUGUAAACAUUAUGUUCUUUAAUGCUUACAAGAUUGAAGAAUCCUCAGUACACCUAAAUUUUAUUAGAUCAAUAAUAGUAGGAAUUGAGUGUGCUUUGAUUACUCUACCUGUGGAAAUCCUUAUAAUUGCCUUAUUUAAGCGUCCUCCUGGCGUGAAUCAGGCAGACCUAAACCCAAGUUCACUCCUGACAUCUGGAAAUCUUAAGAACCAGAAGGAGCCACCACAAAAAAUGCACCUUUCAGAAACUUCAGCACAAGCAAAGAAUAUGAAUCCCUUGGAGAACUUUCCUGGUCCAAACAAGUCACAGAGCCCUCCACAUUCCAGAAAGACAAGAAGCAAGUUAGGUCCUCCACACUGGAGUAAUUGUGCCAUUUCUGAAAGAGAUGCAAAUGUCAUUGUAACGGAGGAGCAGAAGACAAACACAGAUUCUCUUCCAAUAGCUAAAGCUUCCCAGAGAAGGACACCAUCAGAUUCCAACUCCAGUAAAAAUUAUGCAGGAGAAAGGAAUAACUUUCAGAAAGGAAGGAAACCACUAAGCUCUGCUCCCACACCCUUUCUCCAGAGACUAGUUUUUAGUGAGUGGCACACCUGUCUCUCGUGGGCACUGGUUAUAGCUGUCACUGGGGCGUCUUCUUUUUUCAUCGUGUUAUAUGGUUUGUCUUAUGGUUAUCAGACUUCCCUAGAGUGGCUUUUAGCAUCUAUAAUGUCCUUUAUUGAGAAUGUGUUCUUCCUUUCCUUUCUAAAAAUCACGUUUUUCUCAGCUGUGAGUACAAUCUGUCCAAAAUCCUGUGAAAAUAUCACAUGGUUAAGUCAGGAAAAGUAUUUUGAGGUUAAGCUGGCUAAAGAAAGGAUGAGUGCUGAUGAGAUGAGAGAGAUGCACUUGAAACUUGCUGAAAUCAGAUGCACCAAGUACUAUAAGCCUUUAGAAGCUGAUGAAAUGGAAAACAUGCUGAAAAGGGCACAAAUUAAAGCUAAGGCAUUUAUUUUCAUAAAAGGUUUGAUCAGUCACUUUGUCUUUUUAACACUGCUCUUCUAUUUUGUAUAUUUUAAUGAGAAUGUUGAUAGUUUCCACUACAAUCGAUUCAUUCACAACAAAUUCUCCCCAGGACUCUCCAGUGUAGAUAAGCUGGAAGAUAUCUACAGUUGGGUGAAAAACUCAUUCUUGCCUUUGAUCCACAGUGAUAUUCAGCCAACCUUUCUUUCUGAGAGAUGGUCUAAAAUCCUUGGUUUGCCUAGGAUGAGGCAAGUGCGGGCUAAAGAUACUAAGAAGAAAUGUUUUCAUCCUCACAGCUCUGUAAUUAACUUAGUGGUUAGUAGCAGCCACUGUCUUCAUGACUACAGUAGUGACACCCCAGAGGAAGGGGACUACGCUGGCACUUGGACAAAGGCUGCCAACCAGUCUGUUUCCAAGGAUGCCAGCAGUUAUGAUGGGUUCACUUACCAGCAAAACAGGACUCAGUGGAUGUAUUAUUCAUAUGGAGAUCUGGACACAUAUGGACCAGCAGGAUACACAUUUUACUUCUUCCCCACAGAAAGAAGUCCUAAUUCAACAACAAGGCUGAACUCUCUACAACAGAGCUACUGGCUCGAUGACAAGACAUGGGCUGUGAUUAUUGAAUUAACUACAUUUAACUCAGAUGCAGACCUCUUUUGCACUAUCUCAAUUAUAUUUGAACAGUCUCGUUUUGGGAUCAUAAAGCCAAGUUUGGCAGUACAUUCUUUUGCACUCCCCAUUCUCCAAGAGCAAACUAAAGCUCAAAUGAUUUUGUUUGCAAUUGUUCUUGCCUUUCUAUUCAUUUACAUUGCAGAGGAGGUCUACACCAUGUACCGAGAGAAAAAAGCUUAUAUUAAAAACAUCUCCAACAUAAUCAACCUUGGCUUAAAAGCAACAUUCCUCCUUUUCGUCCUUUUAAAGGCCAUCAAGUUUAAGAUGGGAGCAGAUAUAGUGCAUUUUUACUUACUUCACCCAAAUGAUUUCAUUCAUUUUCAUGCAGUUUCUCAUUUAGAUCAGAUUUUAAGGAUUUCUAUGGGCUUCUUAGGAUUUCUUACCAUUUUGAAGACUCUACAAUAUUUUCUGUUGGUUUAUGACGUGCGCCUCAUACAAAGAUCCAUCUUUUUAGCCCUUCCUGGGAUCUCCUCAGUGGCCUUCAUGAUGCUGGUGUACUUCUCUGCUUUUACAAUGUUUGGCUACCUUGUGUUUGGGCAGCAUGAAUGGAAGUACAAUAGCAUGAUUCAUUCUGCUCAGACCAUACUCUCCUACUGUGCCUCAACUUUCAGAGACACCCCAUUUUCAUCCAACAGGUUGGUGGGUGCUCUUUUCCUAGCCUUUUUCAUGUUAGUGAUGAUUUGUGUCUUGAUUCGUCUCUUCCAAGUUGUCAUUAUGUCUGCCUAUGGAGAUAUGAACAAACAGUUACAUGCAGAACUAUCUGAUGAAGCACAAGUGGCCACUUAUUUAUUGCAAAGGCUCAGAAAAAUAUUUUCUCUUCUGAAAUGUAAAACAUCCAAAACCCACAAGCCUGAUCUUUAUCACAACAUACUCCAUGGGCAGCCUGAGAGAAGACAUCAUUUGAGGUUCAAGAACAGAUAAAGAAAUGGGGAAUUUUUGGAUUAUUUUGUCAUAUGAGCAAAGAAAGAUCUUGUAUGCAAGACCA